GGGCACAUUACGCAGCAGAGAGACGCUCACACGUGGAGGAACAAACGGAGCUCCACUCUCUGUGCGGGGGGAAACACCGGUAAACAACCCGGAGUGUUCACGAGGCAGUCCACUGCUGCCCUCUUUGAUUCUGUUCGGGGGGGGGGGGGGAGAUGAGAUGACAUGAGAUACAACAAGCAUGCCUAACAGGUGACCGGCUGGAGGAAAAGACCGGACGCGCGUUUCGCAACCCUCCUGGCACCGACUGAGGAAACCGAGUCGGAGUGAGUGCGCACAGGCAGAGAGAGACGACGGGUCAUGGAAAACCUCUGGAGGAGGAGGAGGGGGAGGAGGGGGACGACGACGCCGGCGGGGAGAUGGAAGUGGUUGAGGAACUCGCUGCUACUUUCUUUAUUCACCGGUGGCACCGAGGCCCAGUGCGAGGGCUGUAUAGAGUACUGCUGCGACGGAUCGCCACCUUUCUGCUGCUCCUACUACGCCUACGUCGGGGACGUCCUCUCGGGAACCGCCAUCUCCGGUAUCGUCUUCGGCGUGGUGUUUCUGAUGGGCGCAGUGGCGGCCUUGUUCCUGUGCGUGUGCAUGUGCAUGAAGAAUGGGCGGGGCGCGCGGGUCGGCGUGUUCAGCACCUCCUACAUCAACACCGUGACCCAGGGCUAUCCAGGUCCUCCGCCUCCGUACACGUACGACUACGAGAUGUACCCUCCCUCCCUGCACCCUCCGCCUUACACCCCGACUCAGCCCCGGCCGGCCAACCAGUCCCCUCCUCCUCCGUACCCCGGCUGCACCCGCAAGUGAACCCCUGCUGCUGCUCAGAUCGCACCAAAGGGGGGGCCAAAGGCGAACUCUCAUGGCCUGGUUUUUGGAGACACCUCUGGCCACGGAAGCAAUGGCUGUCUCACUAUUUGGGUCAAGAGCCAGGAACAUGUUUAAGUAAAAGACGGAGGGCCCAGUGCAAGUUGGUGAUAGGGUGAAUAAUAAUUCAACACGCUGUGGGUCAGGAUGCUCAGCGAAGGCUCCGACAUGUGCACGUCCUGAUAACUGUUAGCAGCCCUGCUAGCCUGCAGCUGGUAUUCCCCCCCCCCCAGUAAUAACCAAUAUCCUUAUCCGUCCCCGUCUGUGCACAUCAAAGGCCGCUUUGAUGAAGGUGAAGACCACUUUUGUCAGCGCUAAUGGGAACCUCGCGUCCUGGGAUGGGAGCCGUCUCUCCAAGGAGAUGAUGCCGUUUAUUAUAAUAAAAAAGAAAGAAAAACUUGAUUCACGCCUGUGACUGAGAUGGAACUUGAUGAUUAUAGCUGUUUGGUUUUUUUUAACAAGUCAGGUCUGGACCUGACGUGUGAGUGUGUGUGCGUGUGGGUGUGUCGACACAAUGACUUGACUAUAAUGCAUAAUAAUAACACUGACCCUUUUUUAAUGGCACGGGACGCUUUUAAAAAGGACUUACUUGAAACAAUGUGAGGGGUGGAAACUGAACUGGGGUCAGACACAAUGUUCUUAAUUGUAACCCACUUUUUUUUUUGUUUUUGCCUUUGCAAGGACUUCGUGAAUAUUGUGAAGCAUUGGGUCAUUUUGAUAUUUUUUUUUAAUAGAGAGGGUGAAUUUGACGACGGAGGACUGUGAAUGAUGGGAGGGAUGUAACUUUGUGUGAAUCAUGUGUGUCAGGGUGUCUCCCGACAGGUACAAGCUGUGUUGUAAAUUAAACAUGUGAUUAAAGUGACCUUUUAAAAAAAAA